AUGAAGUAUCCUCCGCGAAAGCAUCAUUCUAGAACUCAUGACUCUCGUACACGACCAUACCCCUCGGCCCAGCAUCGGACAGACCGGAAGUCACGUACAUCUAAGGAUCGGUCUCGUCACUCAGAGGAUGUGGUCCCACCUAGGUCGACUCAUCCGAGACCAAAGAAAGUUGCCCGGCGUGAUCCGCAGACCGCCAGCAAUGAUCGAAGAGGGGGCUACGGGCCGCGGUCUCCAGCUGAACAGACAGUAGAAGACGAAAGCCCCGACUAUGAAUCUGAAAAUAGAAGCGAUUAUGGUGGCGACUCUGCCAGCGAUUCCGGCGAGGAGAAUGCUAGUCAAAGUCAUUCAGAGCUGGAGCAGCUCAAGGAUCAGAUCAUCGAGUUUAGGAGGGAACAAAGCCAACAAAUUCAUCGCAUAGACAAAAGAACGAGGGAAUUGGCUCAGCAGUACGUAUCAAUCUUCGGCUCCUUCCUCCCCUCCCCUCCCCUAAUACGAGAGCAGCCGAAAGGUUUCGUCGAGAAGAUUUUGCCGGCCAAUUUUCAAGGAGGCGGGUCUAUAAUGCAAGGAAAACAAGACCAAGCGCAUCACGGAGCGACGGGAGAACUUGGAACAAUAGACCCUAUGGAGAUGUUCAGCAAAGGCAGCGAACCUUUUGGCUGA